CGUCGCGAAAAUCCUGUUACUAUCUGUCACUAGUUGCCGAUAACUGUAUCGGAAUCAGUUUAGCUCGCAAAGUAAUCUUCGCAUGGCGUUAUAUGCUGUUUACUUGCUUUGCUGGAUCGCGGAUCGAAUCGUGUGUUAGAGGAAGUUCUUGUGAAUGCUGAAUUUCCUGGACGAUAUAUAAGUCUGAGCUAUUGUGGCUGAUUUGCAGGGUAAAAGUGUAUCAGCAGAAUGCUACGUUGCUACUGGGUCAGCUUCUUUUUGGCGCUUUCUUGUCUCUUGGGGGUUCUUCAUGCAAGUGCUGGUGAUGCUGAUCCCUUAUAUAGGUCUUGCCUAGGAGAAUGUGAGAGAACUGGAUGUGUGGGUGAUAUAUGCUUUCCACACUGCAACUUCUCAUCUGAUGGUGCCUCACUUAACGGUCCUUGGUACAUGCAAGAACCUCAGUAUAUACGGUGGAAACAAUGGGACUGUCAAAGUGAUUGCCGGUAUCAUUGUAUGCUCAACAGGGAGAAAGACAGAGCAGCAUCUGGUCACGAGCCUGUCAAGUAUCAUGGUAAAUGGCCCUUCAAACGAGUAUUCGGGAUUCAGGAGCCUGCGUCUGUAGUAUUUUCUGCACUCAACCUGGCAAUGCAUUUUCAUGGGUGGCUAUCCUUUUUCGUACUUUUGCACUACAAACUGGCUAGUAAGUCAGAUAGAAAGCCAUACUAUGAUUAUGCUGGUCUAUGGCAUCUAUAUGGGCUCCUAGCUUUGAACUCGUGGUUUUGGAGCGCUGUUUUCCACAGUCGAGAUGUGGAGUGGACAGAAAAGCUAGACUACUUUUCAGCAAUCGCCUUGCUUGGAUACUCACUCAUCGUAGCCAUAUUAAGAAGUUUUAAUGUGAGGCUGGAGGCUGCAAGAGUCAUGGUUUCUGCUCCAUUGCUUGCAUUUGUUACCACCCACAUAUUGUACCUCAACAACUACAAACUGGAUUAUGGUUGGAACAUGAAAGUGUGCAUUACAAUGGGGGUGGCACAGCUCGUGAUCUGGGCUGUAUGGGGAGGAGUGAGUGGUCAUCCUUCCCGUUGGAAAGUAUGGUUUGUGGUAGUGGCAGGAGCAGCUGCAAUGCUGUUAGAGAUAUAUGAUUUCCCUCCAUACGAAGGAUUUGUGGACGCACAUGCUGUUUGGCAUGCAACAACCAUCCCUCUGACUUAUCUGUGGUGGAGUUUCAUCAAGGACGAUGCUGAAUUUAGAACAUCCAUUCUAUCGAAGAAGCUGAAAUAGCAUCUUGGAAGCCUCUGCCAGGUAAGGAAUCAAUCCUAGCUACUGAUUUUUGUUAUGUGUAUCUUGAUUUGUUUGAGCCAACAACCCUUCUUGGUCCAAUCAGAAAAGCACUAAUUGGUUAAACUCGAUGACCCAUUAUUGGAAAUUCACAUAAACAACCGUUCUACUCA